AAGCAUUUUGCAAGCCUCAUUUUUUCUUCCUCCUCUGUUUUCUUUUUUCACUCUCUUUCAUAGAAAAUUUUGAAAAGCAAAGCUAAAAAAACAGAGACAGAGAGGUGGUGGGGGUCCUUUGGGGGGCUGUGGGGCUUUUCUCCUUCUUCAUCUUCUUCCUUUUUUCCACCUUCCCAUCUUUUCCUUUUUUCCUCUUUCAAUUCCUUUCCCCAUCAAACAACCCAAAAGAUACAAAAAUCAUGACCUCCAGACCCCCUCAUGCUGUUAACGGCCACCACCAUCACCAUCAUCCUCAUCGUCAUUCUCACGACGGCGCCGCCGCAGCACCACCUCACAACCACCAUAAUCACCACCACCCUCCUCCUCCUCCUCCUAACUUUCACUUCCCACAUCACCACUCUUCUUCCUCCUCCUCUAAGGCCUCUUUCAAAGGUUGUUGCUGCUGCCUUUUCUUGCUCUUUUCCCUCAUCUUCCUUAUUGUCCUCGCCGUCAUCCUCGUCGUCGUCCUCGCCGUCAAACCCAAGAAGCCCCAGUUCGACCUUCAAUCCGUGGGUGUACAGUACUUAGGCAUCAGUCCCAAUCCUAAUCCCAAUCCCACCACCGGUCCCACCACCUCCUCCACCGCUUCCGUUUCCCUGGCAAUCCGGAUGCUCUUCACGGCCGCCAAUGACAACAAGGUCGGGAUCAAGUACGGCGAGUCCAAGUUCACGGUAAUGUACCGUGGGAUUCCGUUGGGGAGGGGUAUUGUUCCCGGGUUUUACCAACCCGCCCACAGCGUGAGGCAAGUUCAGACCACGAUUGCGGUGGACCGGGUUAACUUGCUCCAGGCUGACGCUUCCGAUUUAAUUAGGGAUGCCACCGUCAAUGAUCGGGUGGAGCUUCGAGUUGUUGGUGACGUCGGAGCUAAGAUCCGGAUACUCGGCUUUACUUCCCCUGGAGUUCAGGUGUCAGUGGAUUGUGCAAUAGUGAUCAGCCCAAGGAAGCAAGCACUCACUAGCAAGCAGUGUGGAUUCGAUGGACUUAGCGUAUGAAUUUGGGGAAAUUCCCCACAACCCCCCAAAAAAAAAAACUGCAAUCUCAUUAAAGGUUUAUUAAUCAUCAUAUAUAAUAGAGAAACGUGAUAGAAGAGAAUGUUACCCACUUUCACGCCCCAGAUUGGAAUUUUUUUUGUAGUUCCUCACCACUAAAGGCAAGUGUUUAUAGAAAGAAAAUUAAUUAGGUGUGAGAGGAGGGAGGGAGGGGAUCUCUCUCUUCUCCUUUUUGCACAAAUUUUGUAAAAGUUUUGGUGAAGUUGUUGUUAUCCCACACACCGCCUCUCUUAACACAACUUUUGAUCUCACUUAGGUUGUUCCAAUCUACUUUCCACCUUUGCCUUAAUUUAAUUAAUUUGAUUCAAAAAGGCCGAGUGUGAUGAUGAAGACGGAAUCUGGUAAAGUAUUUGGACUGCCUUCUUGCUUAAGCAUUCUUCUUUCUUUCUGAAUUUGACUCUGACAUGGCUGUCAAUAAAACAAGGCUUCUCAGGCAGGGAGGAGGAACUAUACUUAUUGAUGUUGAUGUUGUGCUGCUUCAAUCUUCUUGUCAAUUGUGUUUUUUCUUUGAUUUUUGUUCUUUUGAGGUUGGAAAUGUUCAACAUUGAAAGAGCUGUUUGAAAACAUUUUGAAGGUGGACAGGUUAAAUGCAUGUUUAAUUCUUUUUUUUUUUUUUUUUUUGAUACCGCAGAAUGUUAAUUUAACAUCGCCAACAAGGACUAAUUCGUUCAAAAGGUUGAACCAAAAUGCAUGUUUUUUUUUUUUU